AUGGCGGCGGCGGCGCAGGGAGGAGGAGGAGGAGGGAGGGAAGCGCACUUCCGGGGCGUGAGGAAGCGGCCGUGGGGGCGGUUCGCGGCGGAGAUCCGGGACCCUUGGAAGAAGACCCGCAAGUGGCUGGGCACCUUCGACACGGCUGAGGAGGCGGCGCGGGCCUACGACGAGGCCGCGCGCAGCCUCCGCGGCCCCAAGGCGAAGACCAACUUCGGCUGCCCGGGCGACCUCGGAGUCCCGCCCUCGGCGGCGCAGGUCAGCUGGGGAGCCGUGACGCGCUGGCGAUCGGCCGCGGAUCUGUCCAUGGGGCAUACGCCGGCGGCGGCGGGCGGCGGAUCGGGGUACGCAGGGUACCGACUCGAGGUGGUUGAGGCGGCGGCGAGGGAGGAACAGGAGAGGAAGACCGUGGCAGCGGCGGAGGCGCGGAAGGAGAAGCCGCCCUUCUCGUUUGAUCUUAAUCUCCCCGCUCCUUUUUUCUGA